AUGUUGGCGUCGCGCCUGUCCCGGCAGCUGCUGUCGCGCGUCUCGGCGCGGAGGCUCAGCGGCGAGGCCAUGCAGCUCAAGGUGGGCAUCGUCGGCGCCGGCGCCGUCGGCACCUAUUUCGGCGUGCGCCUCGCGGAGCUGGGCCACGACGUGCGGUUCCUGCUGAACCCCGGCGAGGCGCCGCCGAAGGCGCUCACGGUCAACUCCUGGCAGGGCGACUUCGAGCUCGACGCGCCGACCUACGCGUCGUCGCCCGGCGAGCUCGCGGCGGCGGGCGAGGCGCUCGACUGGGUGCUCGUGGGCCUCAAGUCGACGGCGCUCGACGGCGACGGCGCGGGCCAGAUGGCGAGGCUCGUCGGCCCCGCCGUCGGCGACGGCACGCGCGUCCAGCUGCUCAUGAACGGCCUCGGCGCCGAGGAGCUCGCGGCGGACGCGUUCGGCGCGUCGAAAAUCCACGGCGGCCUCGUCUACGGCGGCUUCGGCCGGCCGGCGCCGGACGCCGUGCUCCACGAGGGCAUGGCCACGGAGCUGCGGGGCGGCUCCUUCGUCGACGACCCGGCGGAGAUCGCCGCCGCGGAGCGGCUCUGGAGCCCCGCGGCCGGCGGCGCCCCGCCGCCGGGCGCGAUUGUGUACGCGCCCCAGCCGUGCCUGCGCCUCGCCCAGUGGUCCAAGCUCGCCUGGAACAUCCCCUUCAACGGCGCGACGGUGUGCUCGAACUCGAACGUCGGGACGCUCUGGCGGAGCGACGGCGGCAAGGCCGCGGCGAUCGGCCUCAUGCGCGAGGUCAUCCGGGCCGCGAACGCGGAUCUGGCGCACGCGGGCGCGGAGCCGCGCCUCGACGAGGAGGCGACGGUCGACGCGCUCUGCGCCAUCACGGACAAGAUGGCCGAGCAGGACUACGUCCCCUCGACGACCUGCGACUUCCUCUCGGGAAACCGCAUGGAGGUCGAGGCCAUCUUCAAGGAGCCGCUCCGCCGCGCGACGAAGCUCGGCGUCGACGCGCCGCGCCUCCACAUGCUCGCGGCCCUCCUCGACAUCAUCAACGAGAAGCAGUAG